AUGUCCUAUUCAGUGUACCAGCAGAUCUCGUACCCUGAGAACCACACCUACAAGUUUCUCCAGCUCCCUCCAGACCUCUUGGACCAUGUCAAAAACAAUAAAGAUGGCCAGUUGUUGAUCAAAUCAUCCCCACUAGACCAUGAUAGAACCGAUGGAAACUCCAACAGUCACCUCGUGGUGUGCACCAAUGACAAGACGUGGAAGCUACGUCAGAUGAACCAUUCCAACACCGUGAUGCUCAUGAACAACAUGAAUGUCAAUAAGCUAGGCACCGAGGUGAGUAAACCUGGUCCCAACCAGCUCUUGGGAUUUGCUCUAGGAAGCUAUGAGUACGAAUUGAGCAAAAGCACAGGCCAACUAGAUAUCUCGGGCCUUCCACGCUACCCUGGACCUCAAGCACAGGGCAUGUCGUACCACGAAUUAUUGCAAAACACUCCAAUAUCGAAGAGAGAAUUCGAACAAAAAUGGUUCGAUUUGGGUGGUUGUGAAAUUGACAAUCAAGUCUAUAUUUUAACGGAAUCAUACAUCACAGAAGUGCUCCACCACAUUAUCACCACACUUAUUAGCCAGCAGUUUGACUAUAAGUCCCAGGAGGGCAACCUUGACGAACUUUAUGCCAUGGCCCAGAGUCAGGAGCACAACCCGACCGCGAUCCAGACAAUUAUCCACAAGUUUGCUUUGGUGACAAACGAGACAUUCAAGCUUGAUAAUAGCAAGAUUUCCAGGUGGUUCGGAAAGCAGACCCUUGAGGCCUCCAGGAUUAUUUCUGUUCCCGAUUUCCUUGUGAAUUGGAAGUCUUCGUUGCCGGAAUUCUACAAUGUUCCUCUUGAUUUGUCUGACCUCAAGGGAUACUAUUUCCGCUCAGGGAAUUCGAUUGGAUACGUCGACCCUAUGAAACUCUCAACAUCGUUGCCUUUUAGGUUUGAGCAACUCUUCUACUUGGAUAAGUCUUGGGCCUACGACGAAAUCGUUCCGCUCAUUGAGAAUUUUGUGCCUGUCGGGAAAAAGAUCGACUCCGUGAUUAUCAAGUAUGCCAAGAAGAAGAGGGUGGGAAAGAACUCCUUUGUGGUUACUCCAAGAAGCUGA